AUGUCUGUGCCUAUACGCCGGGUGCCCUUUGUAUGUCGGCGUUGCCUACAAGUUUCUCGCCAACCCAGAACAUUGCCACCAGCUCACUAUACAACUCAAGCUGGUGCAUCCAAGACAGAGGAUCAACAACAAGACAAAACUGCAAAGAAAGGCGAACAAGAGAGUGGUGAAAAUACUGUCGAGAAGGAACUUGGGCCCUUAGCUCGACGGUUGGAAGAAGCUACAGAGGAAGCCCUCUUUACCGGUGGAAGAGCCGGACGUCGGGCCGUUGAGGAUGCCGGUUUCUCGGAAGAGCUUAAGGAAAGACUGUUGAACAAAAUCGCAGAUGCAAAUUUUAAAUCUGAAAAUGCCAGCGCCUUUGCCGAGGCCAGUCUCUCGUCAACGGCAGGCGAGGGGACACGGCAUAUCGCUUCAGCGCAGGCGUGGACAGGAGAAGAGAGCACUGCAGAUACGGUACUUCGAAUGCUCGAUGAUGCAAAGAAACCUCUCGCUCCAGGCCUAAGGGGCAAGUUUCAACCCCCUCCGGUUGAUAUGCGACUACAGAAGCAACCGAGGCGAUCAGCUGGAGAGAAAGUAGCCAAAGCGAGGGACAAGGUGAACACCUAUGUCGGAAUGGGUGGUCAACAAGCCAAAAAUAGUAUGAGUGAAGAUGAAAAAGAGGCUUGGAGAAAAGAGUUGAGGGAGAGGUUUGAGCCUGGAGCCCGAGCGUUACCAAACUCUAUCACGGGUCUUGCAGCACUGGCGAAUGAACGCAUCGAGAACGCUAUUGCGAGAGGACAGUUCAAGAAUAUUCCCCGCGGAAAGGGAGUUGAGCGUGAUGCUCGCGCCGAUAACCCCUUUAUCGAUACGACGGAGUAUAUCAUGAACAAAAUGAUUCAAAGACAGGACAUCGUUCCACCCUGGAUAGAGAAGCAGCAGGAACUUGCCAAGGAGCUCGGUAUUUUUAGAGCUCGACUCCGAAACGACUGGCGACGCUUUGCAGCGAGGAUGAUCGCUUCACGGGGAGGAUCAUUGCAGGAGCAGAUUCGAAGAGCAGAAGAAUACGCUGCAGCAGAAGAGGUGCAUAACCCAAUUAUACGAAAGAAAACCGAUGGCCAAGUGGAAGAGAUUAAAGCUGCCUCGCCGGUUGUUGGAAGGCCGUUUCGAGAUUCAGCGUGGGAGCAAACUGAAGCCGCAUAUCACAAGCUGUCGAUUGAGCGUCUUAAUGCCCUGACACGAAGCUAUAACUUGAUGGCACCGGAUCUAGCAAAGAAGCCGUACUUUUCACUUGAGCGAGAACUCAAGGCGUGCUUUGCUGAAGUUGCGCCUACAGUGGCUCGAGAGAUUCAGGAGCGUGCAACGGGUGGAACGGCAAGGAGUUUGGGAGGAGGGGGUCAAGCGGGCAAACAGACGGGUUUGCUAGAGACAUUGACUGGAGGUGACAAUGUCAAGGUUCAUGUUGAAGCACAGGAGAAAGCAUAUGGGCUGAAGGAGUGGUGGAGAGACGUGUGGAAGAAGAAUUGA